CUGGAUGUCAGGAAAACAAGAACCAAUCAUUCUGACCGGUCGCGGGAAAUGUUUAUGAAGACACAACUCCCGACAUACAUUCACAUCUUAUUUCUAUCUCCUCUUUCGACUAGUGAUACUAGUGGCACGCAUGGCACAAUCCGAGGACCCUUCAAGCAGCCAUGACACCAACCAUGAUGAUAACAAAACGACUACAAUGUGGGGGAUUAUCCUUUGUGUUGUAGUCAUUCUCGUCAUCUGCGUUAUUUGCUUCGUGCACUGGCUACUGCGAAAUAACCAUAUGCCGCGACCUUUGGAGACACAGCUUCCGCGGUUUCGAACGAGCUCCGGUCUGGGAAAGCUCGCUGUGGAGAGUAUGCCCACCGUGACUUAUCAUCAUCGGAUACAUUCGAAGCAGAUUCACACGAAGGCUCAAAUGACCCCAUACAUGUUUCGAAAGCAACGAAAACCAAAGCUCGAAAAGUUGCAGCGCUAUUUCACCAUGCCAAACUUGUCGAUUCGUUCUCCAAGUAUCAUCGAUCGAAACGCACGACAGGCAGAUGAGCGUACUUCUCCGGCGUGUUCUAUCUGCACUGAAGAUUUUAUCGAGGGAACAAACCUGAGAAAGUUACCGUGCAAUCACCUCUUCCAUCCACAAUGCAUCGAUCCAUGGUUGAUUGGAAGAUCGCGGACUUGCCCAUUAUGCCGCGUCGAUCUGACUACUCUGGUUACUUUGACGAAACCACAGGCUGUGUACUCGUUUUCUGCACGAGAACGUGUACAUCAUUCGCAAGCUACGAGGUGAUGAUAGAUACAACUAAACAACAAUGAGACAAUAACUAGCGAUUUGCGAUGAGGAGCAUGGCCAGGGCGCUUGACGGUGCAAUGCACAUUCCAUUCAGAUAAAAAUACAAAGUAUAUUUCUUCCCUGCCGCGAAAGCGGCAAUUAGUUUGACUUUAUGGUGAUCCGUUGGCGAUCUAAUAAUAAGCGCAAAGGUGAGU